UGGGAGGGUCCUUAGAGCUGUGCAGAUUUUUGUAGUCAUUUUUCGGACUCAGGAAGAGAGAGAGCCGGCUCUGACUUCAUCUACAAACCUUUUCACAGAAUGGCGUCCAUGUUGAUGAAUACUCUGCGGAGCUGCCCGGUCAACUCGUCCAGGGCGCUUCACUUUGCUACACGGUCUCUUGGCACAUCUGCUGCUCUACAGGCACAAGCUAAAAGUAAGAAGACUCUGGCCAAGCCUGGAGUGAAGAACAUCGUUCUGGUCGAUGGAGUGCGUACACCCUUCCUGCAGUCUGGCACCACAUAUUCUGAUAUGAUGCCUCAUGAUCUGGCCAGAGGAGCUUUACAAGGUUUGUUAAACAGAACCGGCCUUCCUAAAGACGCAGUGGAUUACAUCGUCUAUGGAACCGUCAUACAGGAAGUGAAGACCAGCAACGUGGCCCGAGAGGCUGCUCUGGGUGCGGGAUUCUCCGACAAGAUUCCAGCUCACACCGUCACUAUGGCCUGCAUCUCCUCCAACCAAGCCAUGACUACAGCCGUGGGUCUGAUCGCCGCUGGUCAGUGUGACGCGGUGGUGGCCGGCGGAGUGGAGUUCAUGUCCGAUGUCCCGAUCCGUCACAGCCGCAGGAUGAGGAAGACCAUGCUCUCUCUGAACAAGGCUAAGACUCUGGGUGCGAGACUGUCUCUGCUCGGCUCCAUCAGACUCGCUCACCUCGCACCCGAGCUCCCUGCAGUAGCGGAGUUCUCCACAGCGGAGACGAUGGGUCACUCUGCAGAUCGCUUGGCCGCAGCGUUUGCCGUGUCUCGGCGUGAACAGGACGAGUUUGCGUUGCGCUCUCACACUCUGGCCAAGAAAGCUCAGGACGAGGGGCUGCUCAGUGAUGUCAUCAGCAUCAAUGUACCGGGGAAGAAUAUCAUCUCUAUGGACAAUGGGAUUCGUCCCAGCAGCAUGGAGCAGAUGGGCAAGCUGAAGCCCGCCUUCAUCAAACCACACGGCACUGUCACCGCUGCUAACUCCUCCUACCUGACUGACGGUGCCUCUGCAGUUCUCAUCAUGUCUGAAGAGAAAGCACUCGCUAUGGGUUACAAGCCCAAAGCGUAUCUCAGAGACUUUGUGUACGUGUCUCAGGACCCUAAAGACCAGCUCCUGCUCGGCCCCACCUACGCCACUCCGAAGGUCCUGGAGAAGAGUGGACUGACGCUGACCGACAUCGACGUGUUCGAGUUCCAUGAGGCUUUCGCUGGUCAGAUUUUGGCGAAUAUGAAGGCGAUGGAGUCUGACUGGUUUGCUCAGACCUACAUGGGCAGGAAAACAAAGGUGGGAUCACCUCCCAUGGAGAAGUUUAACCUGUGGGGCGGAUCGCUCUCCAUCGGACACCCUUUCGGUGCCACCGGCUGUCGCCUGGUUACCACGGUAGCACACCGGCUCAAGAAGGAGGGGGGGCAGUAUGGCCUGGUGGCAGCGUGCGCUGCUGGGGGACAGGGACAUGCAAUGCUUAUCGAAGCAUAUCCACAGUAGACUGCUGUAGCGCGCACACACACACACACACACACACACACACACACACACACACACACACACACACACACACGAAGGAGUACAGAAUGAAUAGUAAAUUGUGUAAAUAAUAGAGAAUCUGAUGUGUACCACAAAGCCUUGAAGAAAGAAGGGAAGAAAUGAAAGCACUUGAGAAGGUUAUGGACGUGUGAAGCAGCUGAGGAGAAUCCUAACACGCUAAGAACAUGUUCAUCGUCUCUCCUUCUACACACUCACACUGUCUGUUCUAGUCAGAGUGAUCCAGCAUCCAGCGGCUGACUCGCAUUACUGUUGCAGGGUUCUGUAGAUAGUUUCUAUUUAAGCUUCUCUGCUUCUGCUGCUCAUGAAAAGGUUUCUGAGCGUCAUCUGGAGGAACACACUCAUCCAGAACCUCAUCUCUGCAUGGAUAAUGUUUCCAUUGUGUCUGUUUUUGUAAUGAUAUUGUCAGAUAAAUAAUCUAAAUAAC